CUUGAUUGUAAAUUGAAAAAUAGAGAAAUAAGAAAGAAGUAGCUAAAGGAGCAAAUUGUCAACAAUGUACAGAAAGUGGACCCCAUCGGAAGUCAGGAACUAAACUAAAUUCUAUGUUAGAUUACUAAAUAAUAAUGCAACUUAAUUAAUCUGCAUGUCAUUGCUGAUGAAGAAUAAGAUGGCGUGGAUUGUAUAAAUAUUGAUUAAAUGGAGGACUGCAAUGAAUAAAAUUUUGACUUCCUUAGUCUUUGUAAGCUGAGAAGGAACAUCCUUCCUAAUAAUUAAAGUUAUAACAAAGGUACUGUAGCAUAAGAGUUUUAUUUAAAUGACAUGCUGUCAUUUCCCCCUCACCAAUCCGCAGCUCAAUUCUCAGUGUUACAAUGGAAGUGGGAAAAUGCAAUUGGUUUAGCCUUGAUACGUUACUUCAAUCCGAGUAUCGAUUUAUGUUCAGAAAAACCUGUCAUUUCCCCCUCUCACCCGCACACCCGCAGCUCAAUUCUCAGUGUUAAAAUGGAAGUGGGAAAAUGCAAUUGGUUUAGGCUUGACACGUUACUCCAAUCCGAGUAUCGAUUUAUGUUCAGAAAAAUAAAAAUUUGUAAAAUCAUACCAAAAGUCAUGAAGGGAAAAGUUAGCAUUAGGGUAUUUUAAUUUGUACUAAAAUCGUAGUUCAACCAUGGUUAAAUCAGAGUUACAAGUCCUGCUAACCCGAGCCUAUUUAUAUUUAAAAAAAACACGUUACUCCAACCCAUAGUCUCCCGAGUCUCGAUUUAUGUUCAGAAAAAUAAAAAUUUGUAAAAUCAUACCGAAAGUCAUACAGGAAAAGUUAGCAUUAAGGUAUUUUGUGCUAAGUGGGAUUGAGCAACAUCAUUGAUUCCGCCCCGAUUGUUAAUUUUAGUCAAUGGUGGCGACUUGUCAUGAUCUCUGAGAUCUCCCCAUUCCACAUUCUCCAAUGCGUCUGUUUACCUUGGAGAAUCUGGAAGUUUAGAAAUAAAGUGACUUUUGAAUUCUACCAACCUCAUGUCCGUUCCCUCGCUAGACAUUUCUACAACCAGGUCUUUCAAGUCUCCAACCCCCUGCCCCUAGAUCGCUGCUUCAUAAUCCUCAUCAAGCCACUUGGGAGCCUCCACGACGAUUAUUUAAAGAUCAACUUUGAUGCAGUUGUUCGUGACUCAGGGUGCUCAUCUGGUCUUGUUAUCCAUGGGUCAGACGGGCAUGUGGUGUUGGCAGCCGAUAUGCAUCACAUGGGAGUAGUCAACCCCUUCCUGCCAGAGCUCCUAACAAUAAGUGAUGCUAUCACCAUCGUCGUCUCAAGAUCCUUGACUCACGUGAUAGUGGAAGGUGACUUUGAGGUGGUUGUCAACCAGUUCCGACAAAGUGUCAUAGAAGAUUCAUUUGGAGGUCCGGUGCUACGGGAGUGUCAUCAGCUUUUAGACUCUUUGUUAGUUUGUAUAGAUUUUAGGGAGGUUCCUAGAGCCGCCAACAGUGCUGCCCAUAGAGUGGCGCCUAAAGCACUGCUUAGAGUCUUUUGACUUUUUUGGAUGGGUUCACUAGGCAAUGGCGGAUUCAGGAAUUUUAAAUAGAGGUGUCCGCUUCAAAAAAAUUAAAAUUAAAAUUAAAAUCAAGUCAAAUAAUUAUUAAAUAUGAAAAUAUUCAUAGUAAAAGUUAGAAUAAAAGUUCAAACAUGUUCCGUGUUAUGAAAGAAUGGUAAAAUACAUUCGGUGUAUACACUGCUCAACAAAUCUCUCGUAACAUAUCUUACUAGACAAGGGUAACCCGUAAUUGGAUUUAAUCGCUAGUUUUUGAAAAUAAUUGGGGAUAAAAAUAGCCUUUUACUAUUAUAUUUUGAUCUAAAACAUAACUACAAAUGAGUUGUAGUCUAAUUGAAACUAUAUUUACUAAUAGUAGUUGUGUUCCCAAAUUCAAAUCACAUAGACCCUAUCACUUAAAUAUUAUUUGUACCCAUAUGCAGAAUACUAUAUGAGGUUGAAUAAUCAUUUUCCAUAUUUUAAGGGUGUUCCACUAUCACUAAUUUUUUUUUACCCAUACACAAACUACUAUCGAAGGUUGGAUAAUCAUUUUCCAAAUUUUAGGGGUGUCCCAGGACACCCCUAAACCUCCAUGUAUCCGCCCCUGUCACUAGGGUGUUGCUUCUAGGGGGUUUAUGGGUAGUUUUGUUUGUAUAUCUCUUGUCUUCUCUUGAUAUCACUCAUAAAUAAAUAAAAAAGAUAUUUUGUGCUAAAAUCAUAGUUCAACCAUGGUUAAAUCAUAUUCGACACGUUGCUCCAACUCGAACCUCGAUUUAUGUUCAGAAAAACCAAACAUGUAACUCCAACUCGAGUCUCGAUUUAUGUUCAGGAAAAUAAAUAAAAAAAAUUGUAACAACGUACCGAAAAUCAUACAGUAAAAGUUAGCAUUAGGGUAUUUGUGCUAAAAUCACAGUUCAGUCGUGGUUAAAAUCAGACUUGACGGUGCUCCAACCCGAGCCUCGAUGUAUCUCAGAAAAAACUCAAGAAUUGUAAAACCAUAUUGAAGGUCGUAGCAGAAAAGUUAGCAUUAUGAUAUUUUAUACUAAAAUCAUAGUUCAAUC